AUGACGGAAGCUCAACACCUUGACCAGCAUUACACUCUAGACCAACAGACUCUGCUCCGUCACAACUACGCACUGUCGCCGCCCUGCUUACGCUAUACCGACGGAACUGCUGAAGCUCUGCGCCAGUUCAGCAACGCCCGUCACGGUUUCGCUAUGGCGCAGUCAAUGCUGGCGAACCAGUGCGGACCUGACAGCUAUAUGCAGUCUCAGUCCUGGGCACUGCAGCCAGCAGCAUCGGGCAAUAUCAAACCGUCGGUCGCCGCACCCAUCGAUCCGAGCUCCAGCGUAGUAUACCCUUCCGACCAGACUUGGAGUAGCGCGCCCGUCAUUCCUAGCUCUUUCAACUGGCAUCAAGCAAUGCAGCAGGUGGAACCUUAUAUCUUGCAAGAAUCGGAUUCUCAGUUUGGUCGGAGCCACGAGCUGCUCUACGGUUCCGUUGGUGCACACAACGCCGUCGCGAAAGGCUUCGAGUAUAACGGUCAAGCAACAUGGGCGCCACCGCAGCUGGACAGACUGCCCAGAGUAGUGAAUACGGGUUUGGCUGACGCAGCUAUGCGUAACUCGAUAUCGCCAAAGAGUUACGCUAGUGACGACUUUGACAACUCUUACAGCCCAGGAUCGAUGCCAGAUCAAGUCUCGCCAGGUGGUAACUGGCAAGGGUUUCAGAUGUCGUCCCCAAACACAUUCAUACCGCCACCCAAAUCCGAAUCUUACUAUACUGACGCCGACUUCGCUGGCUUGCCGCAGAUGGGUGCGGGCAUGGCCUUGCCCUUUGCGCAGUCUACAGACGGUGGUGGUCAAGGACACGUCCCACAGAUCUCUGAAGAGGUCCCACUGCCUAAGUCUGAGCAUUCUCCCUCACAAAACAGCAGUGUCGGCAGAUCCACAUGGCGCACUGAGCAAUAUCAGCAAUGUACCUCGGGCUUGUCCAUUAGACCCCGCAACGCUGUAGGUCACAAUGGACAUCCCUCCAGCGACACGAAUCUCUCGUCCGAAGAUGAUGAUUGGCAUAGGCGUUAUCGCCCAUCUCCGUGGAACAGUCCGCAUACUACUCCCACCCAAGGUCGCUUCCAGGCGCGGUUCCAGGUUCCUCGCAGUGCUAGUGCACAAGCCCAAAGAGACCAUAACGACCGACUGCUCAUCGAGGGCAAGAAGAACGGCGAAACAUACAAGGAGAUCAAGAUGAAGAUGAUAGGCGAGAAGCCCGCCGAAUCCACCUUGAGGGGCCGCUACCGUUCCCUGACCAAAGCCCGGAAGGAUCGCGUUCGGAAGCCUGUGUGGACAAAAGUUGAUCUUCGUUUGCUGGUCGAUAUCGUCCAGCAAGAGUUUGACCGCGUCGAAAGCAGCCUGCAGCACCCGGGCGCCUUGGGCUUUGAGCAGAAGCUGGCCAAGGUAUCCUGGAAAAAGGUGGCUGAUUACAUCCAAGAAAACGGCGGAUCAUACCACUUUGGAAAUUCGACUUGCAAACGAAAGUGGCUGGAGCUGAACCCUUCAUACCAGUGA